AAUUUUUGGACAUGAUGUUCACAUUGAAUUCAAUCGAAAAUGGUACUAAAAUCAACAAACAAAAUAUCCGAUUUUGGAAAUUAUAUUUUAUACUUGUUAAAAUGGAAAAUUCGGAACAGAUAUUCUCUCAAAUCUUAUUGCUUUUCGAUAAACAUAAAUAUAAUUUUGAUAAAUAUGCAUUAGAAAUUUUAUGUGGUCUAACAAAAGCAAGCAAACAUUUUGAUUAUAAUUGUUAUCAAAAAUUUCAAAAAUUUUUUUUGAUAAUAAUUGAAAAAUAUUUUCUUAAUUUGGAUUCUGAAUCAUCAACAUUUUGGAAUGAAUUAUUUUAUUCAUUGUUUAAUGGUGGUGAUCUUAAACGUUCAUUAUGGUGUGUUGAAUUUCUUGUCGACAAAACAUUGAAAUCUAUCGAACUGUCACCAUUUUGUCAAUGUGAAAUUUUAUGGAAAUUAAGACAUGCAAUUCGUUCAAAUUGGAAAUAUCCAAUGGUUUCAAAAAAUAUUCGUGAAUAUAUUCUUGAAAAUAUUUGCCAUUCAUAUCAAAAAGUAAGAGAAAUUCAUGGAAUCCUACUAAAUUAUACUUUUAUCUCUCCUUAUGGUUUAAAAAGUGAACAAGUAAAUUUUGAUAACAAUUAUAGCGAUCUUUUUUCAUUUGAACCAAUCAUUAAACAACUUGAUGAAAAACUUUCGAUUCUGUUCGAUGAUAAAAAAUCUGAAAUGGAUGUUGUUUCAUUCAAAAGCGACUUGCUUGAUCCAAACUCGGAUGAUGGUAAAAAACUAUUACAUUUUAUUGAAACAAUUUGUUUGUUUUGCAAAAAACAUGACUCACAUUCAUUGUUUGAACAUCCAGGAUUUAUUUUAAUUUUGCCUUACCUUUGUGUCAUACAAACAAAUAAUCCAAUCAUGUCACAAAUUAAUAAUGCCAUCUCUUUCAUUGCUUCCAUUACCUAUCGUGAUGAAGAAAAAAUUCAGCAAGUUUUAACAACCAUCAAUAAGCUUUCUUUGAAUUGGAAUUGGCGAACACGAAAAACUAUUUUGAGUUUUUUGUCAAUUUUUGCCAAAAGCAAUCAUUUCUUGUUGAUAAAAUCUAAAUAUAUUGAUCAAAUUGAAAUGAUUAUUGUUAGAUUGUUGACUGAUGAAACGGUUGAAGUUCGUACGGCAACAUCCACAACUCUUUCUCGAAUACUUGAAAAUGAAUUGAUUUCGGGUAAAAGAUUGGAUCGAUUAAUUCAUUUGUUUCGAUCAAAAUCAUCGGAACUUUCAUCCGAUAUUGCCAAUAGACAUGGUGGCAUAUUAGGUCUUUGUUCAAUUGUUUAUGCUUUUCCUAAAGAAAUACCAGAUUUUUUGCCCGAAAUUUUGUUAUUUUUAAUUGAUUAUACUCGUGGUAUCAGCGUAAUUUCGAAUUCUGUCAAUGAAGCAUUGAGAUUUUUUAAAAAAUAUCAUAUUGAAGAUUGGAUCAUUCACAAACAUAAAUUUUCCGCUGAACAAUUAUAUCAAUUGAAUGAUGUUUUAAUUUCUCCAUCAUAUUAUUGUUAAUUCAAAAAAAAAAUGUGAAUCAAGUGUGAUAUUUUUUCUGU